AAUGAAAUGGCUUUUGUUGUCGUGUAAACUCGUGUUUUAAUUUUGUGCGAGAUAAAAUUACAAUGAAUUGAUAAAUACUAUUAUAAUAACUGUGCAAUAAUCUAAAUUAUUAAUACUGAUGGAUGCCGAUUUAUUGAUAGAUAGCAAGGAAUAUCUCUACGGUGAUGAUUUCCUAGAUGAGCUAACAAAGGAGUACCAAUGGUCAUCCCUCCUCGAUGCAGCUGAUGCGUCGCCCAGUGAGAUACUAGCCGAUGCAGCACCAAUCUUGGUGCCUCCAAUAUCUCCUAUACUUAGCGUGAAGUCAUGCCCUAACAGCAGUAGCUCGGAGUCUGGCAGUGAAGAUGAUUACAAAAACGGGUCCAGUUGUACCUCAGCCAGACAAUCUUCACAAUCCCCAUGUGAUUGGCUGUCCACUUUGGAAGAUGAGCCCUCAAAUAGUCUUAAAUUAGAAGAUGUUGAACUAUUUUUGCAGAAAUCUGUAUCACCUGAACAACCUCCAGCCAACAAUGUUGUGCCCAAUAUAUCACCUCCUGAAAGACAUGGCCCAGUAAUGGCCAUAGAAAAUGGUGUUAUAAAGGGUGUUAAAACAGAAAUUGAUGAUUGUGAUAUGAAACCAAUCCAAGGAAAUAAUUACAUACAAAAUGGUUAUUUCAAAGUAGUUAAUGAAAAUGUUACAAUAAACAAUCAUGUGAAAGAAGACAAACAUAAUGUAUUAAAUGAACAAAUUAAAUUGGUUGUGGAGCAAAAGAAAAUUCCUGCUAUACUUAAAAGAUCCAAUAUAUUGGUUAAAUCCAAGCCGUCAGCUGUUGUGAUACCUGCUGAAAGUACAAAGGGUGGGAAAAUUGCCAUAUCUCCGUUACCAAUGGCCAAUUUUAAUGGUGUUAAUAAUAGCAAUGGGUAUAAGGUUCAGUUGUCACCUCCAAGAAAUGGUGUGGUCUUGAGUCCGAAGCCAGUUGUGACAAACUAUGUGGCCCAAACUACAGCCGUUUUACAAAACACGAUGGUGCCUUCUCCUGAGGCUGAGGUGCCAAGUAGUCCACCUCCUAUAGAUAUGUCACAUUUAAGCGAAGCUGAAAUAAGAGCUAUCAAGAAACAGCAAAGAAUGAUAAAGAACAGAGAAUCUGCAUGUCAAUCGCGUCAAAAGAAAAAGGAAUACGUUACAGCUUUAGAACAGCAACUGUUGGAAGCGCAUCAAGAGAUCGCCAGGUUGCGACUUGAAAACAAGCUAUUGAGAGACCAAUUGGAUACCAAUGGCAAUGGGAGGAGUCGAAAGAUGCCUAGAGUGGACGCGUCAAUUUUGUUACCCAAAAAGAAUAUUGCUGUUAUCUUCGCAAUGGUGUUCAUGGUGUCAUUGAAUUUCAAUGUCAUAGGGUGGAACACGAAGCCGUUUGUCGGCCGGCCUGGGUCGGAGCCGCAUAAUUCAAGGCAUUUACUUUGGACGGAUACCGCAGAUGUCAAUGUGAGCUUAGAUGGAGACCAGAAUGCCACUUUCGGAAUAGACUGUCAAAAUUCAACCAUAGCGGCUACCGACUUCUCGAAUAUCAACCAUACAGAGAGCAUACGGAUAGCAGGCGAGCUUAACCGCUGGAUCGGUGGCGGAAAGACCCUGAAUUGGACCAAUGAUGCGGCACGGUCUAAACGCAGAGUUUAUCUAAAUAGGGAAAAAAUCAAUGGUGGAUUUCUGGAAACAUACAAAUUGUUCAAUAAGUUGAAUGAAGACAAUCUUGUCGAGUUCCCCAGUACAAAAGGACAAGCUAAAAAUAUGCGUGAAAAAUCCCGCCUUCGUAGGUUAAGACGAAACAAAGAGUUAGACUUUGAUGAAAGUGCUGUGAUAGAUUACGAAACUCUUUACAAACCUAGAAGGAAGUCGGUAGAUGACUUCAAUAUUGAUGAAUGGACUGAUUUGCUUCAAGCCCUGCAACGGAGGGAUGACACGUUUUAUGUGGUGGGGGUGGGUAAAGGAGAGCAUUUGUUACUGCCAGCCGUUUCGCAUAAUGUCACGAGGCCUCCAAGAAUGGCCCUGAUUCUUCCGGCAAGGACUGGCAAUGAUUCACUGAUGGCAGAUCACGUGACCUUAAUGCAAAUAGAUUGCUCAGUAGUCAAUACAACACUAGUUAAGUUAAAAUCAAAUGCACUGCCAGGAAGUUUGCGCAAGAAAGCCGAUGUCAAACCAUCCCUAGAUGCUCAAGAAAACACCCGUAAUGAGGUUAAAAAAGGUAUCAACGAUUCUUUCGACGUAAAUCUGAUGGAUUCUCUAAAGAACUCUAGCGACAACCUUUCAAAGUUCCCAGUUAUCGUUAAAAAACAAUAUGCGCCUAAAGAAAAUGCCUUACCAAAGGAUGACACAUUCAGUCAGUAUUUAUUUUCCAAAUAUGAAGAAUCUAAAAAAGAGAAUACCAAUACCAUAAAACACACUAAAAGAAAAGUAUCAAAUGAAACAAUGCGAAUUAAAAAUGUAACUAAGGGCUCAAAAUAGUUUUUGAAAAUCUGGAAUCACUUCUGGAAACAAAUAUUGUGAUACCUUUUCAUUCCUUGCACACUUUUAAAUCCCAUUUUGAAAUAAUUGAUAAACAGAUAAAUGUGAAAAGUGAAAACUAACGUGGUACUGUUACUGAUUGGUUUAUAUCUUGUU